CUUGGAUUAGCUAAUGGGUUUGAUUUUGGGCUUAGAGACUAAAUGACUGAGGCCCAUAACUUACAUUUAGCCGUUCAUGUUCUUAAGAGAAAAUGUCAAAUUACAAGUGGUACAAGAACUGAGCAUUGUACUUAGAGAAGAACACUUUUUUCUGGUCAAUUCUGUAUAAAUAUUGAGAAACAGGCCGUGAUCGAUAGGACUGUUGUACUACAAGUUAUCUUGUGAUGAAGUUGAAUUAUCUUGUGAAAUCUGUAGUGUGUGUUAAGACUGAGAACUGAGAGCAUUGCUGUUUUACUAUUAUUAACUACUAAAGUCUUACACUUUUUUUUGGACAGAGAUGUUAAAUAACAAAUUUCAGGCUGCAGUUGAUAUUCUCCGCAAGGAAAAGAUCAUCCUUGACCCUGAGGACCCAACUGCCGUUAAACAGGCAGACAUGUUCUCCGAAUCUCAACGCAACAAAUAUGAUAUUGAGAACGAGACUAAAGAGAUCCCAGAUGCUCGUGCUUACCUCUUGAAGUUGAAGGAGAUCCGCACCAGGAGGGGGCUUACUGAUGAGUUAGGUGCCGAGGCCAUGAUGUCCGAGGCUUUGGAGAAAGUUGAAAAGGAUAGAGAGAAGCCUCUCUUGAGAAGCACAAGAAAGGAAAUGGAUCUUUUGGUUGCAGAAUUCGAAAAAGGCAACAAAAAUCUUUUCUUAAUAUAA